GGUAGGUUCCUUUGGGGUGUUUCCCAACAGUACUACCCAAACCUGGUCAGGCUCAGCUUGCCUUCUGAGGCUCAGCGCUCGCUCGAUGCCUAGGGUCUAGCCUUCAACUUGAAGCCCCAGCCCCGCAAUCACUGCCUGGCCUGAGGUGGUCAGGAAACAGAGGUCACCAGGCUGGGUGCGGCUGCGUCCCCACCCCCCACGCACGCACAAACGCCGGGUCGCCCGAACCCUAUGCCCCGCAGCGUUCGAUCUCAGGACCGUGACACCCUGGGCCACGGUGCCCUUGUCGGAGCGCGGCGCUGUAGCAGCGCCCGCCUCCCGCUUCCCGCCUCCUGCCUCGGUGGUGGCCGCGCAGGGUGGGAGUCGAGAGCAUCCCCAAGCGCCCAAGCCAUGGUGGCCAAACAGCGGAUCCGGAUGGCUAACGAGAAGCACAGCAAAAACAUCACCCAGAGGGGAAACGUAGCCAAAACCCUGAGGCCACAAGAAGAGAAAUAUCCUGUUGGGCCAUGGCUGUUGGCCCUGUUUGUUUUUGUUGUCUGUGGCUCAGCUAUCUUCCAGAUCAUACAGAGCAUAAGGAUGGGCAUGUGAGAGGGCCGGGAAGUCGUACGCUGAUGCCCUCCUGCUGGCAGGUGAAGGACCACUGAGGCCUUCAGCGGGUCUAUAGGAAGCAAACAAGCCAUGGGUUAUACAGAGGAGGUCCCCCGUUCCCUCACACUCCAUGGUGGAGGUCAGACCAAAUUGCCUUCUCGCAGGACGUCUCCGUGCAUCCGUAUCCUCCAGCGGAAAGGACUCUGCUCUUCUGUUGGCUGAUCGGAAGUCACGUGGGGGGCCCGGCGGUGGCCCUGGCGCUGUCUGUCUGGUUCCCCGGGUUUCACUGUGGUGUGCAUGUGGCCCUCUGAGCGACCACCCCUUUACAUCCUGCCAAUCAAUCUCUUCUGUGUCAGGAAUUGGUUUUACAAAUAAAUGUCUUCAUUCAACCUUAAUAC